GAGCUGAACUUACUGUGCGAUUCCCCGAGCCUUCGCCAUGGAGUCCUUCCUGCAGGGGGACGUCUGCCAGGACCUCCGCGAGAUAAGCGUCGUCAACCUAAUAGUUUCCAUUGUCAUUGUCAUUGGAAUGCUCAUCAGCUACCUGCCACAGCAUGUUCGUAUCAUAUCAAGAGGCACAUCGGAAGGGAUAUCGCCCUACUUCGUUUUGCUGGGGACAACAUCGGCAACAUCUGCGUUUGCAAACAUUCUCCUACUGCCCAAGUCUCGUCAGGAUAUCGCUUGCUGCAAAGAGGUUGAGACUUUCCAUUGCGUGGCUGGCCUACUUGGUAUCGCGCAAUUGGGAGUUCAAUGGAUAUGCUUCACAUUCAUUUUCGUCCUCUUUUUGGUUUUCUUCCGAUACAACGCAGCGGACGACCCGGAUAGCGAGGCGGCGCUUGUCGAAGAACAGCCAAGGUGGCAGACCGCUCUCUUGGUGGCAUCUCUCACUCUGCUGCACGGCCUUGCAGUUAUUGUCGUCACGGGUAUUCUGAGCACCAUUGCCCACGAUAAGCUCGCAAUUUGGGCAAACGUGCUCGGCGUCAUGGCCGCUCUGCUAGCCGCUGUCCAGUACAUCCCUCAGAUCUGGACCACCUACCAUCUGAAGCACAUUGGCAGCUUGAGCAUUCCGAUGAUGUGCAUGCAGACCCCGGGUGGAUUUGUCUUCGCAGGCAGCCUGUUUGCGCGGCUAGGAUGGGCCGGAUGGAGCUCGUGGGGCAUCUUUGUCUUGACCGCGACGAUGCAAGGCUUGUUGCUCUCCAUGGCCAUUUACUACGAGAUCCAGGCGCGCAAGGAGUCCAAGGACCAUACGCCUGGCCGAGCCACCUCGCAUCCCGAGCACUACGCAAAUAACCAGGAGCAGUUGCAGGCUACUAUGGACCGGCAGGACAGUGACGCUGCUGCCGAGACUACCCCGCUGCUCAAGUAAGGUGGAAUUGGUAAUUCGGGUCCGAACUAGGCAGCAACUAUUCCUUGUUUCUUUACCACGCUUUGACUUGGCUCAUGCACAUACUGGCGUU